GACAGUUGCAGUCAGGAGGAGGGGGUGUCACCCAGCUAUGGGCUGCAGUUAGGUGGAGGGGGGUGUCAUGGAGCUGUCGGCUGCAGUCAGGAGGAGGGGGUGUCACCGGGCUGUCUGUUUAGUUGCGGAGGCGGCUCGGUUCGUCCCCGUCCAGAUGCGGCGGCCCCCUCCUCAGCUGCUCCAUCCAGCCGCCUCCUCCGCUCCCGACGCUCAUGCUGCCUCCUCCCCCUGUGUGUCUCUCCAUCCCUCCGUCCCUCCCUCCUCCAGCACCGGCUGCCAUCCUCCUCUCCCUCCAUCUCUGUCCGUCUCCCUACUCACAGCCCUACCGGGACCUCAAUGCCCACACCAUGAUGACAGGCAUCGCUGCUGCCUCCUUCUUCUCCAAUGCCUGCCGCUUCGGGGGAUGUGGGCUCCACUUCACCACCCUGGCCGAGCUAAUCGAACACAUCGAGGACAACCACAUCGACACAGAUCCACGCGUCUUGGAGAAGCAGGAACUUCAGCAGCCCACAUAUGUUGCAUUGAGUUACAUCAACAGAUUUAUGACUGAUGCAGCUCGACGCGAACAAGAAACCUUAAAGAAGAAAAUUCAGCCAAAACUCUCACUGACAUUGUCAAGCUCUGUAACCCGUGGGAAUGUGUCAACACCACCCCGCCAUGGCAGUGGCAGCCUCACCCCUCCAGUCACUCCACCCAUCACUCCAUCUUCUUCAUUCCGCAGUAGCACCCCUACAGGCAGCGAGUAUGAUGAGGAAGAAGUAGACUAUGAAGACUCGGACAGUGAUGAGUCUUGGACCACAGAGAGUGCCAUUAGCUCUGAAGCAAUUCUGAGCUCCAUGUGUAUGAAUGGGGGGGAUGAGAAGCCAUUUGCCUGUCCAGUUCCUGGAUGUAAAAAGAGAUAUAAGAAUGUAAAUGGUAUUAAGUACCACGCCAAGAAUGGACACAGAACACAAAUACGAGUCCGUAAACCUUUCAAAUGCCGCUGUGGGAAGAGUUACAAGACAGCUCAGGGUCUCCGUCACCACACAAUCAAUUUCCAUCCUCCUGUCUCUGCCGAGAUUAUCAGGAAAAUGCAGCAAUAAAAGCUGAAGACAUCUGUGCCAAGAAACCCUCACCAGCAGAUGCUAAUUCUGAGAACAGCCACCUUCUGGUUUUAUUUUAUUUUCUUUUUCUUCCUUUAUGUUGCAUUUCAGGGGAAGCACUAAAAGUCCUACGGAACCUAUGUUUCAAUGCAUGCUUUAAUCAAAGAAUUCCAGUUGUUUGGAAUCAUCUCUUCUUUAAAGUGACCCUUUUUGUACUUUGCACAUGUACGUUACCAGACCCAUUUUUAUUACUUUGAUACCGUGCUACGAUAAUAAUAGUAAUAUAUAAUCAUACCUUAUAUGGGGGGAAAACAAGUGUUUCCCUCUCCCAACCUUAAAGACCGUACAGUCAAUUGGGAUGCAUGUUGUGUUGUUUAGAUGUGAUCAUGGUCUGUGAAUGGGAGAAGUAAUCUUGGCGCUGAGACCAUUAGAACUAUUUACUGCCAAGUGAGUCUGGAGACCACCUAUGUAUGACUGGUGGCCAUGGAAGUUCUAGUAGAGUGUAGGAUCACAGGUCACUUCACGUCAUGUCAGUCGCUUCUUAGCCAAUUGUAGCUGAGAAGUAAUGGAGAGAAUUUCCAAUGGCAUGCUGCAGGUCUUGUGGAUGUGCACUCUAUAGAAUAUUGACCAAGUUCUAUCAUUGGAAAUAAGGGUUCAGGUUUCCUUCACAUGUAUAUAUAAAUUUAUAGAGGAAUAUGGCCCGUAAUCUCCAGAGCGAAACUGAUGCCCUAAAUGUCUUAUGUGGACAGAAUACCAUUAAUAUGUCUGCCUAAUGAUUAAUGGUGACGGGGGGGGGGGGGGGGUGAACAUACAACAGACCACAUGUAACAACUCCAAAGUGUUAGGCGGAUGAUGUGAGCAUUAGUGUUUAGGACUGUAUAUACAUAUUUUUAUUCAACCCCCCCCCUCAAAGAGCACAUAAGAAACAAUGAAGACAAAGCAACCAAUCAGAUCAUGGCUUUUGAUUUCCAGUCUGCCGUAAAAAAAUGAAAGCUGUAAUCUAAGUUGCUUUGUGUCUAUAUACAAUUCUUUGUACUGCAGUAAAUCAUGGCCAUACGAUCCUUUAUGUCUCUUAAUAGGAUGUCAUUUGUGAUAGUGUUUUGCCCAUUACUUAUCCUCUUUUUGCUUCUCUAUUAUGCUGGGACGAUUACUAUUUUAUGUUGACAUUACUAGUCAGUGCCACAUCUCAGUGCCACAUCCAGCCAUAUCCAUUGUAUUCUGUAGAUUAAAGGGGUACCCCGAUGGACAACCUUUUUAUUUUUUAUUUAUUUUAUUUUUUUAAAUCAACUGGUGCCAGAAAGUGAAACAGAUUUGUAAAUUACU